AAUUGGUGAAGAUGCCGCAAGUUAAAAUCAUAGCCAAAAAUUUCAUGGACAUGGUGGCGUCACUUCCAGCUAUCAAGCUUGACAAACUCUACAACAAUGUCUUUAUCUGCGAAGCCAUUCUCAGGUCUUUGCCGCCUCUUGCCAAGAAGUAUGUAUUGCAGAUGUUGUACAUUAAUGUUCCUGUACCUGCUACGAUGAUGGAGGAGUGGGUUCUCGCAGAUGGUGCCUCUAAGCAUAGAGUUGCUAUUGAUCGACUGAUUCAAUUAAGGAUUUUUUCAGAAAUUAGUGAUAGGAAAAGGGGAACCAGCUACAGCCUAAAUCCUACAUUUCAGAACAAUCUUCAGAAACAUAUAAUUUCCGGUGGAGUUUUACCUAGAGAGCCUAUGAAUUCUGACAAUGCCAUUAAGCUUCCAAGUCUACAAGAACUCGAGACCUAUGCACUUAAGCAAUGGGAGUGUUUCUUGCUACAACUUAUAAAUUCGGGUCAAGGUGAGAAGCUAACUGGCAUCAGUUCAUCCAUGAUGAAAAUUUUCCAGCGAGGUUUAUUGAGUCAGAGAGACAAAGAUGGCCCAAGAUUAACUGAGAGUGGCUUUCAGUUUUUGCUGAUGGAUACAAAUGCCCAGCUUUGGUACAUUAUUCGAGAAUACAUAUCGAAUGCUGAGGAGCGAGAUGUAGAACCAGCAGACUUGAUUUCGUUUUUGUUGGAGCUUAGUUUUCAUGUUACUGGUGAGGCAUAUAACUCAAAUACCUUGACAGAGGUUCAAAAUAAUACCCUCAAGGACCUUGCAGACUUGGGAUUAGUUAAGCUUCAACAGGGAAGGAAAGACAGUUGGUUUAUUCCUACUAAACUGGCUACAAAUUUAUCAGUCAGUCUGGCAGAUUCAUCAGCUCGAAAAGAGGGAUUUGUCGUGAUGGAAACAAAUUUCAGGAUGUAUGCGUACUCCACAUCUAAGUUACAGUGUGAAAUUUUACGACUGUUUGCGAGGAUAGAGUACCAACUUCCAAACCUUAUUGCUUGUGCCAUUACAAAGGAAAGUUUGUACAAUGCAUUUGACAAUGGCAUCACAUCAGAUCAGAUUAUAACUUUCCUCCAGCAGAAUUCUCAUCCACGAUGUGCUGAUCGAGUCCCAUCUAUUCCAGAAAAUGUCACUGAUCAGAUUCGGCUUUGGGAGACGGAUCUGAAGAGAAUUGAGAUGACGCAGGCUCACUUCUAUGAUGAAUUUCCUUCAAAAGAUGUGUUUGAGGCAGCUUGUGACUUUGCUCGAGAAUGGGGAGGCCUUCUUUGGGAAGACUCUAAGAGAAUGCGACUUGUUGUGAAAUCCGAAGUUCACAAUCAGAUGCGUGAGUUUCUUCAUACCCAAAGCAAGUGACAAGAAGAAACUCACAUUUUCUUCUCGUGUUAAAACAAAAUAUCAUGCUUUGA